GUUCUGGCUCCUAAAGCUGCUGGUGCUGGUGGGUCUCUGUGCCGCCAGCUUCUUCAUCCCCGAGGACGGCUUCAUCCAAGCCUGGCACUACAUGGGCAUCUGUGGGGGCUUCGCCUUCAUCCUCAUCCAGCUGGUGCUGAUCACCGCCUUCGCACACACCUGGAACAAGAAUUGGCUGACAGGCGCUGCGCAGGACAAGCGCUGGUACCUGGCCAUGCUGCUGGCCACAGCUACCUUCUACACCCUCGCCUCUGCUGCCUUCUCCUUCCUCUACAAGUACUACACCCACCCAGCCGCCUGCCACCUCAACAAGGCACUGCUCACUAUCAAUGGCAGCCUCUGUGGCAUCAUGUCCUUCAUCUCCGUCACGCCCUGUGUGCGGCUCAGCACCGAGAAGAUGUGUGAGCAAGCGGAGGAGACCGCCGGGGGACAGUGCAUCAUCCAGGAUGAGCGAGACCACGUGGUCUACAGCUACUCAGCCUUCCACUUCGUCUUCUUCCUCGCCUCGCUCUACGUCAUGAUGACCCUCACCAACUGGUUCAGCUAUGAGAAUGCGGUGCUGGAGACCACCUUCACACACGGCAGCUGGUCGACCUUCUGGGUGAAGGUAUCGUCCUGCUGGGCCUGCGUCGUGCUCUACCUGUGGCUGCUGCUGAGCCCCCUCUGCCUCCACAACUCUCCCCAGCACCGGCGCAGCAGUCCGGCCCUGCGCAUCCUGCGGCGACGACGUGCCCAGCAGCGCAUCAGUGGUGCCUCCAUGCUGAACACCUUCUCCCCCGCAGCCAUCCCUCUCCACCCAGCCACGCAGCCCCCUCACCGCCUACCUGGAGGGCACCAGCAGCAGGGGUGCGAGAGGAGAGAGGAACCCAUGCCCCCCUGCCCCGUGUACCGGCUGGUGCUGGCAGGGGACACAGGCACAGGGAAGUCCAGCUUCCUGCUGCAUCUCUGCACGAGGAGACAUCUCCGGAACGCUUGGUACCGGAGCAUCGCCCAGUCCUACUUCCGCAAAGCCCACGGUGUGCUGCUCCUCUACGACAUCAGCUCCCAGAGCAGCUUCCUCAGCAUCCGCCAGUGGAUUGAGGACAUCAGGGUCUGGAACCGCACUCUGCUCCCGGGCAUGGCACAGGCAUGA